AUGUCCAUCUCAGCUUCCAUCUCGACCGCAACCCCGGCCCAGAGCUCGCCGUACCAACUACCUCUGGACGACCACAUGCAAGAGUUUGAAUGGUUAAGGGUCGUCGAAAGCGUUCUAGCAGACAGAGAGUACUCGGAGACAGAAAUUACACAGAAGGAGCUCGACGAGCUCAUCCCGACGCUCGACAGCCUGGAGAUCAGCACCGAUGAGGAUGACGAAAUUUCAUUCGGAGACUACAUUCAUUUUUCGCCCACAAGAAUCGAGCACCCAGAGGGGACACCACGACCACAAACACACUCAGAAAUGCGAAGCAGGACCCCAAGAAGCAUACCCAGAACGGAGUGGACUCGCAAACCUGGCUCCAUAACACCCCUUGAAGUCCAUUCACCCCUGGAGCUGAAGAGAGACACAAACGGAGGCACACCUCGAAGAAAUCGACCUACCAAGAUCCCAGUGCUCAGUUCGAGGCUCGGGCCUCCCAUUGUUCCUGUCGGGACAGAACCGACCAAGCCAGGACUCUCUGCCUUCCGGUCCAAUCUCCAAUUCAGUCACCUACCAAAGCUCAAGGUGUUCGAGGACGACUCUGAAGAGGAUGCAGAAGCACGAGAAGAUGACUCUGGGAAGGACUCAUAUGGGGACGACAGUUCAGUUCAAUUCCUCUCAGAAAUAGUCCACAACGACAGCUCAGUUCAAAUCAUCGAACCCGUUCAACGGCAACCUCCGUCAGUGUCUCCUCCGUCAACACCACCUCGUACUCAGUCUUCCCAACUCGGAUUCGCGGCCAAUGUCACACAGCCGCUUCGAAGAAGCAGAAGACUUGCGGAGGCCGAGUUGUAUAACGAGCCACCGUCGCCUGGGCGAAUCUGUAGCCCCAUAAAGCGCGAAAUCAACCUCAAGCCAUCGCUGAGAGUGUCCGGAAACACGCCAUCAUCCAGCAAACUAAUUUCGUCGCUGCAUUCAGCACUAACGGGUUCGGAACCAAUUGGAUUUUAUAGCGCCAACGAUCUACGGGCCCGGCUGGAGGGGAAGGAAAUCAGAGACCGGUUUUUCGACGGUCGCAAACGGCGCACCAGAAGAAACCAACGGGGUGUCAAAUGGGCUGAGGAGCUCGAGUGGUAA